GUGGUCGCGACCACACAACAUUCCAACUUCUUCUUCUCCUCUUCCGUUCCCCACCCUUUCUUCUCCAACAUUCGAAGAACCAAAACCGAAACGAGAAACGUGAAUUCGCAGAUUGCAGACCCUUCAAUUGGAUUUUGGAUAUGGCAUCGAAACGGAUUUUGAAGGAAUUGAAGGAUCUGCAGAAGGAUCCUCCUACUUCAUGUAGCGCAGGACCCGUUGCGGAAGACAUGUUUCAUUGGCAGGCUACGAUAAUGGGUCCAUCGGAAAGCCCUUAUUCUGGAGGAGUUUUCCUUGUAACCAUCCAUUUCCCUCCAGAUUACCCUUUUAAGCCUCCUAAGGUGGCUUUUAGGACGAAGGUGUUCCAUCCAAACAUUAAUAGCAAUGGGAGCAUCUGUCUCGACAUCUUGAAAGAGCAGUGGAGUCCUGCUCUGACAAUUUCCAAGGUGCUGCUAUCUAUCUGUUCUUUGUUAACGGAUCCAAACCCGGAUGAUCCUUUGGUCCCUGAGAUAGCUCACAUGUACAAGACAGACAAGAACAAGUACGAGUCCACUGCUCGGACCUGGACCCAAAAGUAUGCCAUGGGCUGACACAGAUACUGUCCUUGAGGAAGAGCCCUAAUAAUUAAACUCUUCUCAUUUCUAUGUAAUCAUCUUUUAUAGACUUGUCUGUCUUAUAAAAUUUGUGAAGACAGGAUCAGUAAGAAAUCAUAUGAUCUCCAUUUUAUUCCAUUCAUUGGAAUUAUAAAACGUAAAUCAUCAUCCCAUCUGCUUUUUCUU